GUGUGACUCACUGUUAUGCCCGGUCCAUGAAGAAGCCGGACUGCUUCUUGGCAGUCACGCCAAAAAUGAUCGCCGCAAAUUUUCCAAGUUGACGGAGUUUAACGGCGUGGAACGCUCACUCCACGUGUUUCGUUGUUGAAUGUUGACCGUUUGCGUUUUGUUAGUAUUUUUCGUUACAAAGUUUAUUUCGUUUCCCGUGUUGUUUGGGUUCUUCCUGGGAAUUUUGAUUACUUUUUCUUGAAAUCUCGUAGCCACACGCGCCAAGACAGGUACUGAUACAGAACGAGCGCGUGUGCACAGUUCCGAGCCGUUAACUUCAGCCAGACUCGUUGCGAUCGCUGCUCAGCGUUAUUUGAUGUUAUCCACAGCAGCUGCCCGUUUAUUCCUUUUUUUCCCAACUUGAAGUAACAUUUAGGCGCAUGAGACUAUCUUAAAAUCCCGCAAUCGUCAGCAUGGCGUCCUUCUCCAGCGCCUACUACACCGGCGCGCCGCUUAUCCGUCCGACCACCUACACGGAGACGCGGGCCAUCCCGCGUCCCCGCUACCAGCAGCGCAAUAAACUCUUCCACACGGCCCUGUGCUACAGUGGCGAGCAAUGUACGGACGCCAACUGCCAGUACGCGCACACGGCCAACGAGCUGAAGCCGCGCCGUCGUAAUCCGCGCUACAAAACCGAACCCUGCAAGACGGUGCUGGACUUCAAGAUCUGCCAGUUCGGGGAGAAAUGCCACUUUAAGCACCCGUGGGAUAAGUGGCCGCAGCUGGACGAGGAGUGGAUGAAGUGGGCGGGACAGGCGGAGCAGCGCUACGGCAGUGUGCAGGCGGCCUUUCGGGUGGUGAACCGUGCGGAAUGCCUGGCGCAGCGCCGACGCCAACUGGAUGCCACCGUUGGAAAGACCGUCGAUUUCUUCUCGCAGAAUCGCGAUGACGGGUUUGAUCAGGGAUUCCUCGGAAACGGUGCGGAAGUGGAUGGAUUUUUCUCUGGCGGCAGUUCCAACUUUCUUACCACUUGCCAAAUGUUGGCGCAGGUAGCUGAAAUGGAGCACAAGUGCAUUCGUUCGGGAGUGCCGUUCGUUCUGGGUGUGGAAUCGUCAGUGCAGGGCACUUUUCACGCUGGCCGUGAGCGUGCGGAUUCGGGCUAUUCCAUCUGUUCGGACUUAUCAUCGAACGCAGGAGGGCUGGGAACAUUCGGCACGGUGUUUAAUGAAGCGGGCAGCUUUGAGGGACUCGGAUACGUCGGCGGCGGCGGUUGGAGCUACUUGCGAGAGAAUUUCGGUGGCCGUCAGUGAUGAAAAUUGUGGUCAUGCAUGUUGGAUGCAGUGUUACGUUAGUAUUACUUUGAUGGGUAUCUCACCUUCCUCCUUGGCUUCCGCACGUCGCCAUUAUGAUGUUGGUAUUUCCUUAGUAUUGUAUCUCAGUAUUGAUCUUAUUCCUUUCAAGUAUCUCAACAUUUUAUAUCAUAUAUGUACAUACAGUAUUUUUAUAUAGUUUCUUUUGUUGUAUUCCACCUGCAGUCCUCUCCUCGUCUCAGGAAUGUGUGGUAGUUGAUUAUUGCAGUUUAAAAUAUUGUUGCUCUUUUGUUACUUUGUCCGAUUUACUUGGAUCUUGGUUUAUACCAGAGUAUAUUGCGGUGAUUACUGUGGUGGGAUCUCUGUAGUGUGUGGAUGUUUACGGUCUGUGUCUCGCUGAAAUUUGAAGAUGGAGGAAUUAUGAAUUAAAGUGGUCAAUAAGA